AUGCCUGAAGUGAUGAUAUCCGGAAUACCUGUUAAUUUUCCUUUUGAGCCAUAUGAAGUACAAAAGGUUUAUAUGGAGCGAGUAAUUGAAAGUCUUCAGAACAAUACAAAUGCUUUAUUGGAGUCGCCAACAGGAACAGGCAAAACUUUGAGCCUUCUGUGUUCAUCCUUGGCUUGGCUCUUGGUAAAAAAGGCUCAAUUACAGAUGAACGCACAAGUAGGCAAUUUUUCUGAACACAGUAAUACUUUGCGAGAUAGUUUGAAAGCUGGUGCAGGUAAAUCGAAAGAUAAUACGUCAUGGGGGAUGCCGAAAAUAAUAUACUCGUCAAGAACUCAUUCCCAACUGACGCAAGCAAUGCAGGAAUUAAAGAGAUCUGGUUACAGGCAUGUUAAGGCUACGGUUUUAGGUUCCAGAGAUCAAAUGUGUAUUCAUCCUGAAGUUUCUAAGGAAACAAACAAUAUGAACAAAGUACACAUGUGCCAGUUGAAAGUGAAGUCACGGACAUGUUACUUUUACAAUAAUGUUGAGUCUAAGAAGGAAGACAGAUCUGUAAAAGGAGAUGAUAUAUUAGACAUAGAAGAUUUAGUGUCUGUAGGAAAGAAACUCAAAUGUUGCCCUUACUACUUGUCUAAAGAACUUAAACAAGAAGCUGACAUAAUAUUCAUGCCUUAUAAUUACAUUUUAGAUCCAAAAUCGAGAAGAGCAAAUGGAGUAGAACUCAUGAAUAACAUUGUGAUUUUAGAUGAGGCACAUAAUGUUGAGAAAAUGUGCGAAGAGUCUGCAUCAUUACAAAUCAGGACCACAGAUGUCGCUUUGUGUAUUGAUGAAAUUACUCAUGUUAUGAGGUCUUUCGGAGAGCAAACUGAAGAACAAAUGGACAUGACUGUUGACAAUAGUCAGCCAAAAGACUUUACUUCUGAUGACCUUUGUGUGUUGAAAGAAAUGAUGCUCGCCUUAGAGAAAGCCAUUGAUGAAAUAACAGUGGGCAAUGAAGGAAGCACAUUCCCUGGCAGUUUUAUAUUUGAGCUGCUAUCAAAAGCUGAGAUUAGGGAUCAUAACCAGAUGGCAAUUAUUAGUCUUAUAGAGAAUCUCAUACAGUACCUCUCAACAGCUAGUGCAUCACCAUUCCAAAAAAAAGGAGUUGGCUUACAGAAAAUUGUAGACUUAUUGAAUGUUGUUUUCAGUGGGACCACACAUGCCUAUAAAGAAAGAAUAAAAAUGUGUUACAAGGUCCACAUACAAAUUGAAGAUAAAAAGAAUAAGAAGACAGAUAGUUGGGGUGCAUUGAAAACGAGUACUUCAAAAUCGGCAGAAAGAGUUCUUAGUUACUGGUGUUUUAGUCCAGGUUUUGGGAUGAAGCAGCUUUUAGAACAAAAUGUUAGAAGUAUAAUUUUAACUAGUGGUACUCUUGCCCCCCUAAAACCUUUGACAUCUGAACUUGGUAUACCAAUUGGAACCCAAUUAGAAAAUCCACAUAUAGUCAAGUCUAAUCAAAUAUGUGUAAAAAUCAUUGGCCAAGGACCUGAUGGGGUACAGCUUAAUUCAAAUUAUCAAAACAGGGACAACCCCAAAUAUAUAUCUUCAUUAGGUAGAACAAUACUUAGUUUUAGCAGAGUUGUUCCUGAUGGUCUCUUGGUAUUUUUCCCAUCAUAUCCUAUUAUGAGUAAGUGCCAGGAAAUGUGGCAAAGUGAGGGUAUUUGGUCUAGUAUUAAUAAUAUUAAACCUAUAUUUGUUGAACCUCAGAGAAAAGAUACUUUUAACACUAUCAUAAAUGAAUUUUAUAGUAAAAUAAGAGAUCCAAGCACUAGGGGGGCUUGUUUCAUGGCUGUUUGCAGAGGCAAAGUGUCAGAGGGUCUAGAUUUUGCUGAUAUGAAUGGGAGAGCAGUAAUCAUUACAGGAUUACCCUUUCCACCAUUAAAGGACCCUAGAAUUAUUUUAAAGAAGAAAUAUUUAGAAGAAUUAAGGGUCAAAGAUAAGCAGUUCUUGUCCGGUGAUGAAUGGUACUCAUUGGAAGCGACUAGAGCAGUAAACCAGGCUAUAGGGCGAGUUAUCAGACAUCAAAAUGAUUAUGGAGCAAUUUUACUGUGUGAUACAAGGUUUAACAGUCCAAAAUUGAAGAAUCAGUUGUCUGCUUGGUUAAGAGAUCACAUAAAUGUUUCUAAUAAGUUUGGUGAGUGUGUAAGUGAGAUUUGCAGGUUCUUCAAAAAUGCUGAAGUAACUCUUCCACCACCAAGAUUAAAACCGUUGCUUCCAAAUGAGUUGAAUUCCUGUAAUAGAGAGACUAGAGACUCAGGGUAUGUCAAUGUCUCUGGUGUGACCUUCCCUGUAACAAAUUCUAGAGCAGUGUCAAAGGAGGCCAAAAAGUCUGUUAGUCAAUAUCCAAACUCUAAUGAAGUGUAUGCAGAUUUUUCAAUGGAUUUUUAUAAAAAUGCUAAAUCUUCUGCAUAUGUUAAUGAGUUCAAGCCAAAAGCUACAAAAGACCUAUUUAGCUCCAUUGAUACUGUGGAUUCUCAACAAUCUACUUCCCAAUGUCUAGUCACCAUGCACAAGAGAGUGGCAGAUACGACUAUGUGCAGCAAUUUAGUGAAGAAGAAAAAGUUGAAGAUCAAACCAUUUGGAUUUGAAGACAACUUAAAUGGCGAGAAAGCUGAGACAAUAGUGGAAAAAGUGCCUCCGACCUCAUUAAUAGACUUUGUCAAAGAGAUUAAAAUUCUCUUAGAAACAGAACAUUAUAAGGAAUUUCAACUGUCAAUUUCUGCUUAUAAAAAAGGUGGCGAUUAUGAAGAUUUUUUAAAGAUUUUAUGUAAAUUAUUUCAAAAUAAUAAAAUGUUUUAUUUAUUAAAAGGCAUGAAGAGAUUUUUAAAAGAAGAACACAAAGCUAUUUUUCAAGAUUAUUGUGAUAAUGUUAAAUUGAAUAGAUGA